AUGAAACAACAUUAUCAACUUCUUGAUCUUGAUUGUAACGUUUUAUUGUAUGAUUUGAUCAUUCCAUUUCUUGAUGAUGCUUCAUGGUUAUCAUUCGGAUUGUCAUGCAGAUAUUUGUAUGAACAAUUGGUGAAGAAUCCAGAAAUUUGGGAAGCGAAAAUGAAGGCUUUGGAUCAUCAAGUAGAGAAACAAGUGAAACAGGCAUCUUAUUUGAGUCAUUUCAAUGAAAACGAUCACUCAAUCAUUUGUGAUAAUUUUAUAAGAGGUUAUUGGCAAUUUAGAAACCGAAUGUUUCAACGUUUGGAUUCGAAUAAUUGUUUACUGGAUACAUGUAUGGAUGAAGUUGUUGCUCCACAUUUGCAUAAAUGGAAGAAAAAUGUUCUCCAGUUAAAUGAUAACAAGACAAGGAUGAAAGCUCGUUCAAUGAUAUUGAAAUUGCAGUAUAUUUCAUUCAGGAAGUUUGUAUUUUGUAAAAUGAAUCAUACGUCAUACAAGACGAUACAUAAUGAUGUUGCUACUCAUUUGAAUCAUUCGGUCAUGGCCUCCAAUGAUGGUUUUUGGAAGUCAUAUUUUGUCAAUUAUGCAAUUCAGCAAAAUGUCGUUGAGUGUUGGUCAAUUUUAUUAACCAAAUUUAGCAAAGAAGUCGACACCAAUGCUUGGAGUAUUUUAGUGGGUGUUAAAAGUAAUGUACCUGACUCUACAGAACCGUUAGAGACCUAUACGAGAUUUGGUUACUGUGUAAAAUCUAAUGCUCCUGUUCUCCAUGGAAAAACCUCUUAUCAAGUAUCAACAGCUAACAAAGAAGGGCAAUUGAUUGGAUUCAAAUCUCGAGUUCGAGGAAGUAAUAUCGACCUUCAUGUGUAUUUAGCGGAUGGUAAAGUACAUCGUGUGGAAUAUUCAGAGUAUGCAGGUAGCACUUGUCGGCCUGUCGUUUCAGUAGUGUGUGGAAGACAUGUGGUAAGCGUUUUGCCUUGGGAUGGAAAUCCAAACACUUUGAAAAUGAACGACAGAAUGAUAAUGUGA